CCAAAAAGUCAAAAUUUCCCAGUAUUUAUCUUCAAUCAGCCUCUUCUGGUUAGGGUUUUCUCUGACUCUGGUUUUCUGUUCAUAUCAGCUUUGGGAUUUGCUCAACUAGUCUUAGAUUAGUGUUAGAAACACUUUUGUUUCAGUUUUUACUUUACUGGGUUGGUGUUGUGCGUUUGUAUUAGCUUAAGACCAGAGUCCUGCAUAGAAAUUUUUGUUGGUGGAUUAGGUGCUUUAAGUUUCUUUAAUUUUUUUCUUAUUUGCUUUCACUACCUUCGGUUGCGGACAAGCUUGAAGGUGGCUUUGUUAGUUCAUAGUACUUGAGUUUUAAGGUUAAUUUUGUUAGUUUUAAGGUGUUUUUGCUCUGUAAGGAAUUUCAAGGUCUCUGCAAUUGUUAGGAAUAGCCGAAUAGGCGGUGAUCUUGUAAUACUUUUUUGGCUUUUAUUUUGUGGAGCGGUUCCAUUUGUGUAGUGGGAUUCUGUUGGUUUUGAAAAGGGUCUGCUUGGUUGAAUAAAUUUGGUGGCGUUGCUGGUGGACGUGGAGGCGGCGGCGAUGAUGUUGAUUCAUGGGUACUAGAACAGUGAAAGUUAGUGCUCAAAAUGAUAAUAAUUCACUAACCGAGAUGCCGAGUUUCGUUCCUCCAAUAACAACUUCCAAUUCCAUGGGCACAGAAGGAAAUAAUAUUCGUUCAUCUCGAAUUUCGGAUUUUGGGACACUUGAACAAUCCCUUGGAUUUCGCAUAGAAGAUGCUGUUGAUAUGAGCAGAAAUCCUAUAUUUAAUCAAUUAAAAUCAAGCAACCAGGCUAUAGGUGCUGAUGUCCAAUUUGGCAUUUUGAGUAAGUCACUUGCAUCCUCAGAUAUAAAUCUGUCUGCUGCUGUUAUGGGUAGCCAAACGGUACCAAUACAGAAAGAACCACAAUCAAGUUCAGUAGCUAUGCUUGGCAGCCACCGUGAGAAUUGGGGAGAGACCAAUGUGGCAGAUGGCAGUCCUAGAACUGAUACCUCAACCGAUGACACAGAUGAGAAACAUCAAAGGUUUGAAAGAGGACAAUCAACUGCGGUUGUGGCAUCUGAUUCCAGUGACAAAUCAAAGGAAAAGGCUGGGGAUCAAAAGACAUUGCGCAGACUUGCUCAAAAUCGUGAAGCUGCUAGAAAAAGCCGGUUAAGGAAAAAAGCAUAUGUGCAACAAUUGGAGAGCAGUAGGCUGAAGCUAACCCAACUAGAGCAAGAGCUUCAAAGAGCCCGCCAACAGGGCAUUUUUAUUUCGAGCUCAGGAGAUCAAUCCCAUUCCAUGAGUGGAAAUGGUGCCUUGGCAUUUGACGUAGAAUAUGCACGGUGGCUAGAAGAGCACAACCGGCAGAUAAAUGAACUGAGAACUGCAGUCAAUUCACAUGCAGGAGACACUGAACUUCGUACGAUUGUUGACAAUGUCAUAGCACACUUCAAUGAAAUUUUCAGGCUGAAGGGCACUGCAGCGAAAGCUGAUGUUUUCCACAUAUUGUCAGGUAUGUGGAAGACACCAGCCGAGCGUUGUUUCAUGUGGAUUGGUGGCUUCCGCUCAUCUGAACUCCUGAAGCUUCUUGUGAAUCAACUGGAGCCUCUAACUGAGCAACAGUUGAUGGGCAUCUACAACUUGCAACAAUCAUCCCAACAGGCAGAAGAUGCUUUGUCACAAGGAAUGGAAGCACUGCAGCAAUCCCUGGCUGAGACAUUGGCCAGUGGCACCCCUGGUUCGUCAGGUUCUUCUGGCAAUGUAGCAAACUAUAUGGGUCAGAUGGCCAUGGCCAUGGGAAAGCUAGGAACACUAGAGGGGUUCCUUCGCCAGGCUGAUAAUCUGAGACAGCAGACUCUUGAACAAAUGCAUCGUAUAUUGACAACCAGGCAGUCUGCUCGUGCUCUUCUGGCAAUAAACGAUUAUCUCCAGGCUGCGAGCCUCUCUUUCUCCAGGCUGCGAGCCCUUAGUUCUCUCUGGUUGGCCCGUCCACGGGAAUGAGAGCAGUAGAUUACCUCUCUGGAAAGUUCUUCCGGAUGUUGACUCCGUGACGCACCUAAUUCUUUUAGUUUUCAUGAUAAACCAUAAUGCUCCCGAGUAUUCGGGUCUUCUGAAGCCGUCUGGCUUGACCAUUCUGGUGCAGUAAGGUAAUGGCUAUAGUUAUAGGUCCACACUGCAGCUGUAAAAUCAGGUAUGUCUUGUAGAGAUGUAUGGUUAUUUCUUGUGUUGUAAAACAUUUAGUGCCAAUAAUUUGAUUGAAGUUUGACGUUUGUUAGAAGUGAUAAACGGACGAUAGAAGUGGUACAUGUAACAUAGCUUACAACUAUCAAUUUGUAUACUAAAAAAAAAAAAAAAAUCAGCAGAAUCAGGGUGUAGUUACCUUUGGAUGUUUCAGAUUUUUCUUUGAUAUGUACAUGUUUAUUUUGAUAAAA